CAAGCAAUGCUAGCUGCUUGCUCGCUUUUUGACAACCAGAUGUUUGGUUGUUUAGCAGGACUGACAGCAGUAUUUAGUUUCAAAAUUCGUUAGCUUCACGCAGGCUUGUUAGCAUUAGCUAGUUAGUGGAGCACUGCAGAGGAUAAUGCACUGUUAAGCACCACAAAGCAAAAUAUGGCAUUACCCAGGCCUGUGAGCCAGCUAACGUUACCAAGCGAGUUUGUCGUUACAUGCAGCGGUAGGUAGGUUGUAAAAUUAGCCUGGCUGUUAAUUUGGAAGCUACGGAGCUAAAAGGUUCUCCCUCGGGUCGACGUAGGACAAAGGAGACAGAAUGGCUGAGGCUGACGACAAAUCCACUGCGCUUAAUGGUGGCUCUGAAGAAAAAGAACCAGGAGAAUAUCAACACAAGGAUGCAGAUGCCUCUGGAAGUAAAGAGGGACAAACCCAGUCUUCUUGUCAAGAUGCUCCCAAAGAAACAGGAGAGGCAUUUAGAGACAAGACUACACCAGAUGUGGAAGGAGAGAUGGGGGCAAACAGAGAGGAAGAGGAGGAAGAAGACACAGACAGCAUGGAUGGCAGUGGUCUCUACUCCCUGACUGAGGAUGGUGAGAGAGAGAGCGAUGGAGGCAGACGGGAGAGAGCAAAGGAUAAAGAUGGUGGGAAAAGGGCAGCCAGAAAGCGGAAUAGACCUGGCGGCGGCACCAAUCACUCCACCAGCUCAGAUGACGAUGACGAUGAGGACGAAGAAGAAGAACAGAAAGAUGAUGAAGACGAUGAUGAGGCUAUGGAGACGUGGCUGGGAGCAGAGCUCCGUGACCUGCGUGGCCCUAUAUGGCGGGCGAUACCCUCACUGCGCUCCAGGGAGAUCGGCAGGAACUCGCACCAGUUUGUGAGGCGUGUGUGUGGAGCACGUGGUCUUGUGCAGAGGCUAGAGCUCCAGGGCCGACUGGAGAGGCACACGGGCUGCGUCAACACAUUGCACUUCAACCCGUCGGGCACACGCCUGGCUUCAGGCAGCGAUGACCUGCGAGUGGUGAUCUGGGACUGGGCUGUCCGCCGUGCUGAGCUGGAGUUUGACAGUGGCCACAAGAGCAAUGUCUUUCAGGCAAAGUUCCUGCCUCACAGUGGAGACUCCACCUUGGCCAUGUGUGCUCGAGAUGGUCAGAUCAGAGUGGCUGAGCUCUCUGCCACACAGCGCUGCAAGAACACCAAGCGGGUAGCACAGCAUAAAGGGGCAGCACACAAGCUGGCCCUUGAGCCAGAUUCCCCGUGCUCUUUUCUGUCUGCUGGAGAGGAUGCUGUGGUGUUUGGUAUUGACCUGCGUCUAGACCGUCCCGCCAAUAAACUGGUGGUUGUAAAGGAGGGUGAUAAAAAAGUGGGGUUGUACACCAUCUUUGUCAACCCAGCAAAGACACAACACUUUGCUGUGGGCGGAAGAGAUCAGUAUGUGAGGAUCUAUGACCAGAGGAAGAUCAAUGAGAAUGAUAACAAUGGUGUCCUGAAAAAGUUUUGUCCUUCACAUCUGGUAUCCAGUGAGUCCAAAACCAACAUAACCUGCCUUGUGUAUAGUCAUGAUGGCACAGAGCUCCUGGCCAGUUACAAUGACGAGGACAUCUACCUGUUUGACUCCAACCACAGUGAUGGGGCUGACUAUCGCAGGAGAUACAAGGGACACCGCAAUAAUGCUACAGUGAAGGGGGUGAACUUCUAUGGGCCAUGCAGUGAGUUUGUGGUCAGUGGCAGUGACUGCGGACACAUAUACCUGUGGGAUAAGAACUCUGCUCGCAUCGUCCAGUUUAUGGAGGGAGACAGGGGAGGAGUGGUGAACUGUCUGGAGCCACAUCCCCAUCUGCCAGGCAUUGCCACCAGUGGGCUGGACCACGACAUCAAACUGUGGGCCCCUACAGCUGAAAGCCCCACAGGACUCAAGGGUCUAAAAGAGGUGAUGAAGAAAAACAAGCGGGAGCGCGAUGAGGAUAGUGUGCGCCACGGUGACCAGUACGACACCCAGCUGCUGUGGUUCCUGAUGAGACACAUGAGGAACAGACGUCCACCUAGGGCCCGUCGUGAGGGUGCAGACGCAGACACUGAUGAGUCCUGGAGCUCUCCAGAUUCCUCUGAUGAAGAGGAAGGAGGUCCAGACCAUGUCCAGUGCAUGUCCUCCUGAGCCAUAGGCGUACAUACUUAGACACACACAUACAUAUAUAUAUACACACUUUAUUGCCCUUGCAUUGAUGCACAUAGGCAAGCACUAUUGACACACUGGCACACUCAAAUACUGAUGAGCCACAGAUUUUUUUUUUUCUUUCUUUUUUUACACACACAUACAAACUCAAACAGAUAAAAACACACACUUACUUAAACAUACUUUUGAAGCAGAGUGACCGAGAUGCUUAACGCCUGGUUUCCCAGCAGUUCUGAGUGUGCAAAUGAUGACUACAGACUGCACACACAAAUAAUUCUGACUUUUGAGGAUUGUACAAAGCGGUUUAGUGAGUGCUUACAUCCCUAUAAACUACUUGGAGGCCCCUGCUUGUCCAUACAUUAUCUAUAUGCUCUGUUUAGCCCCAGAUCAAUGUACUGUGCAUGUAUGGCAACAAGCAAGCACCUCUUGUUUAGGUUCCCUGUAGGAAGCUCUACAUCACCAGCCCCUAGAAACACACCUCUUGCUCUCGAGCUCUCUGUGCUGAUGAAGGGAGUUUCAGCAGGGUGGAAGGGUGUAGAAUCGUUCCCUCAAAUCAUCCCUAAAUGUGACUUCCUUUUAAGAUUUGAACUCAGAGGGAACCCCCAGUAUGCCCUCAAUGCAGCACCCCAGUCUCAUACUGAUUUCUGGCCCUGAGCUUGUGCAGCUAGUUGCAUUUUUCACAUUUUCUCUCCGAGGACUACUAAAUCCCUACAUGCUGCAUCUCCCGACAUGCCCUCAAACUACUCCCUCCCCUUCUCUUUCCCUCACUACUGAGUGCACUUUGAAUCAGGGAUGCUUUAGUUUGAGACAUAGACAAAAUGUGCACUGAGUGUGUGAUUUUGGGGGGAGAGCUGUUUAGUAUCCUUCAUUGGGAAAAUCCCCACAGUGAAGUUUAGUUUAUUUCUGUAGAUUUUUUGAGAGGGGAGAUAUUUUGCACUUAAGCGUUUUUUGACUUAGGAAGAGGUGGUUUCUUUUGCUUCCACCAGCCUUUCCUCCUCCUACUCCUCCUCCCUCCCUCCCUCACUCUUCAUCCUGACACCCAUCUUUGACAGGAAAUCGUAGUUGUAUGAGGUAGAUGGUGUUCAGCAUGUGCAUAGGAUAAGGACUGAUGAUUGGAUCUGUUGGGGAACUGUGUCAUUUUAAAGAGCCUGUAUUGACCUGGAUCAAAUCCCAAUUGGAACUCUGCCCUAUGUGCCAAUUGAGAUUUGAUAAUAAUAAUCCUUCUGUGAUGCUAACAGUCUCAAAUCAAUUGCUGAAUGACAUUUUUCAGACAAAUUUUUGAACCAGGUCGUGUGUUUGCAGCCAGCACACCACUUGGGAGGAAACUUCUGUCUGUGCUGUAUUAACAACCGUUCAGAGGAGGAUGGGGGGGGGGGGGGGGUCAGGGGUUUCGGGGGUCAAUAUGCUUGCCAGUUAUUUGUUGUGUGAGAGCGAUAAAGUCCAGCUUUUCUCAUUUUCUAUGAGAACUCUAGUUAGUUGAAUUUAUAUGUACAUAUAUAAAUAUAUAUUAAAAAUGUAAAAAAAAAAAAAAAAACUUUGGCAAAUGCUGUUUGACUUAAAAAAAAAAGAAAAAAAAAAAAGAACAAAGAUGUCAAAACAUUUGAUUGGUAUUGAUGCAGAGGUUUAUAUUCUAUAUGAGGACAAAGUACUUUUAAAAUCCAGAGAAAAAAAAGUUGACUCGAGUUACCAUUUUUCUUCAGUUUUUCCUUUUAUAAAUAAAAUCCCUCUGUUAUAAACAGAACCGCUGUUAUUUCAAGUGUUAACGUUCUGAAUCUCUUUCUUGUUAAAGAAAAAACAGUAUUUCCUUCAUCCAUCAUUUGAGAAAGUUAUAUCCAGAUUUUCCCACUGGCUGUUUUUGGCAUCUUGUAUACAUAAAAAGGCAUUUGAUGAACAAUUUUUUUGUCCACCACUGCCUAAUAUUGCGUUCCACCAGUUAAGUUGGAAAUAUGUAUGAUUCGUGCAAUAAACAAAAAGACAGUGCUCCCGA